AUGACAAACAGGAAAAUUCGUGACACUUACAUCACAGCAUCCUCAGAAUUAGAUUCAAAUUCAUCAGCAUCAUAUGCAAGACUAAAUAACACAAAAUCUUGGGUUGCUGAUACAAAUGAUACACAACCUUGGAUACAAGUGAAUUUGGGAAAAAUUAUGAACAUUACUGCAAUCAUUACACAAGGCUUUCCAGGUUCUGGCUUUGUUUCAUCAUUUUACUUCAGUUAUAAUGUCAGUGAAGUGGAGUGGUUAAACUAUACCAUUAAUGGAGGAUUAGUUAAGGUAAUUAUUUAUAAACUAACUAUUUAAAAUUUCCGUGUGCACUGCAUAAUACAUUCUGCCGAGAGCAACUCUAGCUUUUUCAGUGUUCUCUAACCUUCCCAAGUGCAUGCAUCCAUAACUCGAUACACGCACAGCUAAAAGCAUGAGCAAAUUCUUUCACCGGCAUAACAUAGCUGACAAAAAUUCUUGCUCUUUGAUUAACUGCAAAAUUCUCGUAACACGUGACACAGAAAAAACAAAUGCUUCUGUUGGCUUAAGUUACAAACACGCCACAAUCGUCUAGUUUGAAAGAAAAUUCUUUCUGCAAAACUGAGUCACUGAGAAAGAAAAUUUGCUUAUUUAUUCGUUAACGAUCAAUAGAAACUGUGCUGAAACAAAGGUAAAAGAGUCUUAACGUCCACCUACAUGUAAAGUUAAAAUACUCACAUGUCAUGUUCAUAAGAAGUCGUGGAGUAUCGUUUGGAUUCCCUAAAAAGAUCAUUUAUGUUUUGCUCGGCAAAGUCCGGAAAACUUGUUCACCAAAAAGUUUUUAGUGCCGGCGACUGUCAUCCUACUUUAUUUUUUAUUCAUUUACGAACAAUGGCUGUUACCUGGCAGCAGUGGUUUUUGUGAGUAAUUUGUGUGAUUUGUCUUGUUAUUGCAAGAGAAAUUUUCCUGCUUCCGUCGGAUUGUUCAGCGAUAACAAAAGUGCAUAAUUUUUCGCUAUUGAGCUAAUACUUUAUAAGCUUAUACAUGUACAAGUAAUUGAGUUGUUUUGUAAAGGAUAAACAAACGUUAAAAACGGAGGAAGUACACCUUAUACAAAUUGGAUAUUUGUUUUCCACCCGAAUGUCAGUCCAAUAGGCCACUUGCACUACGAGGUGACGUGACCAAUGCUUCCUUUAAAUAAUGAGUUGGAAUCUUGCUGAUGCCAAAAAUUGACAGAGCACAUAAAAAUUAUCUCAAACCCGAAAUUUGAAAGGAAACACAUUUAAGGGAGAUAUUUUAUGGCACUUUGAUUUUUCAACAAAGUGGUAUCAUUUGUUAGCCGCCAUCUUGGAGGGCAUACUCUUGCCCUCCAACAUGGCGGCCAAAACUACUUUUUGCUUACAUCUUGUUAAAGUUUGAUAGCUUCGCUCAGAUGUGCUGUAAACGUUCCCACAUCAACUUUUCAAAAUUUUUCUCGAAGUUUAAGUGCAAAAUUUAUGUUCAGAAAGAGGUAAUUCAUAAUUUUAAAAAUCACACUUUGGUCACGCGACUAGCUACGAUUUUAAGAAAAUGAUGGAGGUUUAAAAAACCAAAUCACUAUUAUUUUGUUAAAUAUAUGACCCAAUAGUCGUUUUUUGAAGAAAAAAAUCAUUUCAAUUUCAUAAAAACGAUGUCACAUGAUCUCUUAGUGCAAAUGGCCUAUUAAGGCAGACUUUUCAACGAUUCAGGCUCUAUUAUUAAUUUCCGAAACACCUUCACCGCUUUUGCUGUUGGUUUGAGUGGCCUGAGAAGAUCAAUUCCAAAAAUACUAGAAAAGUUUUUCGUCAUUGCCGUUGAUUUUUGGGUAUUUAGUACUUAGGAAAAGAUACGAAAAAUACAGCUGAAUACGUCAUCACGAAAAAAAUCUUAAAAAAUAUGCAGCCGGGCUGAGCGUAAAUAAGAUUUCGUUUAUAGCAGCUCAAUAGGACUUAUAUUAAUACAGCGCAAGCACACGCGCAAUGUUAUAAUUUUAAAGUUUAGUAUAAAGACAGGAAGUCAAAUGUUACUUUAGUUUCAGUACUGGUAGAUUUAAUUUAGUGAUCCUCAAUGUGUGACGCUGGAGAGCUUAUACUCCGCCAUACAGUGUGAAUCUUACUUUCUAUGCUAUGUAUUUUUUAAGCUGUACAUGUAGAUUAUUUGCUUUGGUCUCUGUCUGUAGUCUUAGGUGUUCUGGGUUCAGAAGACCAAAAUAUUAUACACUGUAGCCUAUAGUGGAAUAUACAUUGUUAAUUUUUUUUUAGGUUUUUCAGGGUAAUACAAAUGAUAAUGGUACUGAGAGAGUGUUGGUCAAUCCCUUGGUGAAAGCCCAGUACAUAAGAUUACAUCCAACAAACUGUUCUGGAAACUGUGCACUUAGAAUGGAGUUUUAUGGCUGUAAAUCAGGUAUUAUUUAAUGGCUCAGUGUAAAAGGCAGACUACGGACUAUUGUUUUCACCAUGCAAAUGAGUAUGUGACAACAAUAAUCUCGUUGUUUUUUAACCCUAAAAACAAUAGCCUGCAGUCAGUCUGCAGUCAGACCACUGCAGUUUGCAUUUUACACUGCCCCAUUAUUUAAAGGCAUAAUUGGUUAAGUCUAAUUAUGAUCUGAAGAUUAUGGAGAUUCAGUGUGGAGGAGAGUGUUUCAUGUACAGUGUACUAGAAAUACAUGUAUCGCAGAAUCUCACGAAGCUCGGGGGUAGAGGCCCGUGAGUGUAGCUGGGGAGAGUGGGUUUCAGAGAUAACUCAAUCUCCUUUUGGUUGGAGUAAAGUUGAACCGAGUGCCCUAGCUUUAAAUAGGAUGUGGGAUUUAAAUGGGGUUGCUGUUGUAUUAAGGCAGCGUAGGCAAAGUUGUGAAGGUGUCGUGUUCACCCUAUUUGAUCGUCCUUCAUGUGUAGUUGUUGUCAGAAGGAAAUGCAGGUGUGACAGUGGAUGACUGCAGGCAAAUAUGUGGUGGGAUUUGCUAAAAUAACAGCUAAUGUAACUUGUGCCAUCUCCUACAAUGUAUAAUAAUAAAUUGUAAUAAUUACAGAAGUACUGUGACGUCACACUGGAUGCAGAUACGAACUGGAAAUGACCAAUACAAUUAUUGUAUAUUUAAACAAACAAAUAUACAUUGAUGGCCCAACAGACUUUGCAAGCUGCUAAGACCACGUGCGCCCCACGUGAUACUCGCGCGCUUUACGUACGACGAGAUUAUAAACUCACUCGCUUCACGAGAAAUAACAUCCUCCAAGAUCUGCAUGAUUCUUUAGAUCACACAAUAGCUGAAUGGAAACUAAGAAAUGGAAUUUUGAUAUUUUAAAUCACGAUUUAAGCAAUGAGGCUGAGUACAUGUACAAACCUGUACAUGUAUGAUCUGAAAAUUUUACAUGUAGAUCAUACAAUCACGUGAACAGAAAUCCAAAAAUAUAUGCAUAUUUUAAUUCUUUGAAAAUAAAUUCAUACUUUAAAUUAUUCUACAUGAAAAUAAUUAGCCUAAUACAUUUAGAAUCAUGCUUAUUAUUAUCCCAAUCAAUAUUAUGUUGCAGUUACAUCUGCACAACAUCUAUUAUCUGGUUGCUAUAAGUAAACAAGUAAUCUGACUGUGUUUUACCCUGAUACACUGUAGAUCCAACUAUGGGACUUCCUGGUCAACCACUGUCCCUGAAACAGAUUUCUAUUUCGUCAUCCAUGAUCAACAUCACAUGGGAUCAACCCAUUGACAUUGGUGACGGCAUAAAAGGUUACACUGUGAAAUGGCAGGAAGUAAAUGGAACAUCUGCCUCAAUGCAAAAAGUUGUUCCACUUUUAAGUUUCAAUUCAGCAUCACUUACUGUUACACCAUACACAUGGUAUAACAUUCAUGUGCAAGCCUACAACGACGAGGGGAUUGGCCCUUGGUCUAAACCUUUUAGAGUACAAUCAAGUGAAUCAGGUGAGUUUAAUACUAAAUUCUGUGCACAUGGUUAUACUUUGAUUGUUAUUUUCUUUUGAUCAAGAUGCAUGAUUCUUGAGGCAGUUGAGGUUCUAUUUCCACUUGUCAGUCACAUCACAUCUCAGAAUAGACCAUUAAUUUACAGUUGUGGGCUUAUUGCCCCAGCUGUUGAGUGAGGUUAAGGUUGAUCUUGUGUCAAUAAAAACCUCCUUUGUUUUAUAACAAUUAUGCUUUAAAAAAAAAGUUACAUUUGUAGUUUAAGAAUAGCAUUAUUUGCAUUAAAAAAAGCAGGAAGAGUUGUAUCUUUUUUCUUCUAGUUUAGAUAGUAUGUAUUGUAAUAUUUUGACAUGUCUUUUGCAUACAGCUGUAGUGAGUAUAUUUGGUAAUUUUAGAUUAUUAUGUAUUUAUUUAACAUAGUUUAGCAGGUCCACAUCAGCUUAUGCUGCCAUCUCUCAACGUGCUUUAUCAGAUAAAGCAUGUAUGUGUGCAUGUAUGUAUGUACGGUAUGAAUGCAUGCAGUGGCUGUAAGUUUGUUCUAUUUCAGUACCCUCUGCCGCACCAGCAAACUUCACUUUAA